CGGCGGGGAUUGGCCGGCGAGGCAGCUGAGCGGCCAUGGCGUGGGGGUGGUGGUGGCAGGAACUCUGCUGAGCGAGGCGAGCCGGGCCCGGCGCGGAGUGGAGCGGAGCCCGCUCCCUCCCCCGGCCAUGACGAAGGGGGCAGUGGGCAGCCCCGGCGCCGCUGCCGCCAUGCAGGACAGCUUCGGCUGCGCCGUGGCCAACCGCUUCUACCAGCUGCUGGACGACGAGUCCGACCCCUUCGACAUCCUGCGCGAGGCCGAGCGCCGCCAGCAGCAGCGCAAGAAGCGCGACGAGGCCGCCGCCGCCGUCGCUGCCGCCUCGGCCAGGAAGGCCGCCCCGGGUCCCCGCCCCGGCGCCGGGCGGCGGGAGGCGCAGAGGGAGCGUAGGCAGCCGGACAGCCCUCCCGCCGCCGCCCUGCCGCAGCAGCCCGGCCAGAAGCGAGCCCCUAAACGGGGAGACCAGCAAGGAUGGAAUGAUAAUAGGGGAGCCGAAAUAAAACAAGAAAAAACUGAAUGGAGACCUUCUUUCAGGGAAUACCGUCCCUAUGACGUGGAAGGACAAACAGAAUUCUCAGUGGAAAAGCCAGUAGACCGAUUUGACCGGGAAAGGCCAAUGCGAGGACGUGGGGGAGGAAGAGGUGGCAUGCGAAGCAGAGGAAGAGGUGGUGGAAUAAAUCGAAGCUUUGAUGGUUUUGACCAAAGAGGGAAGCGGGAAUUCGAAAGGCAAAGUGGGAAUGAUAAAACAGGAAUCAGAGCAGAAGACAAAAGGGGUGGAAGUGGAACGCGCAACUGGGGAACAGUUAAAGAUGAUCUGAGUGAGAUGGAACAGACUGCCCCCAUGGAAGAGACUGUGGAAACAGUGGAACAACAAGGAGCACCUGAAGGAGAAUCUGUGAACAAAGUUGCUGAAGGGGAGCCAGUGGAAGAAGUAGUUCAAGAAAUGACGUUAGAUGAGUGGAAAAAUCUUCAGCAACAGAAUCGACCAAAGCCUGAAUUCAACAUCCGGAAGCCAGAAUCCACUGUUCCUUCCAAAGCAGUGGUGAUUCACAAGUCAAAAUAUAGUGAUGAUAUGCAAAAGGAGGAUUCUGAGGAUGACUCCCACAUUUUCCGGAGAGCAGCUAAUGACAUAACUUCUCAGCUGGAUAUUAACUUCGGGAAUCUUCCUCGCCCUGGGCGUGGGUCUAGAGGAGCGCGAGGAGGCCGUGGCCGUGGCAGAAGAGUUGAGGACCCAGGCUCUAAACCAGAAGUGGUGACACAAAUUGCUGCUCCAAAUCCUGAUGAUCCUGAGGAUUUUCCUGCUUUAGCUUGAAAGAACUGUCUUGACCAGUUUUGGCAUAGCUGUGAAGAGACCAGUUUUACAUUGCUGUGGGAAAGGAUUGUCUGAGUCUACAGGAAAUUUCUCCCCCUCUUCCCUCCUCCCCCACCUUGUGUGAAACUAUUACACUCCCAUGCUAUUGAGAACAAUGACCUUGUGAUAUUAAAGGACAGGGAUCUUGCUACUGAUUCCAGCAUCUGCCUCUUUGAGAUACCAUAAAACCUUCACACAGUUAUUAUACUCGAGGGAUUUCAAAUAAAAGUUCAACAGUACAGUGUUUAAAAUGUGUAUAUAGAGAUUAUAUUGAGGGGUUGUUUUUUUUUUUUUCUUGAAAGCACAGUGAAAUGUAAGCUGUACAACAUGGUCUACGAUUGGGACUCUAUAGCAAACCCUCUAUAGGGAUUUGAAAGCUGCUUUCCUUACUUCAUUGAGUGAAAUGUACCUUUGCAUAUUUUAAGCAGUUAAUACACGGCAAUUUUCGGAAGUUGGCAAAUAAAGGAAACUGCUCAUUG